CAUAGGGGGGCUUAGCGCGCAGAGCGGUUUGGUCGUUCGUUGGGGAGACUUCGUCCAGUGUUUCAGCUACUGCGGCUCUUUGGGCAGCAGCGGCGGCGCGGUGGUCGGAGAAGCGGCCUAAAACUUCGGCAUUAAGUAAAAGAAAAUGGCCCGAACUAAGCAGACUGCUCGUAAGUCAACGGGUGGGAAAGCGCCCCGCAAGCAGCUGGCCACCAAAGCGGCCAGGAAAAGCGCCCCCUCUACCGGCGGGGUGAAAAAACCUCAUCGCUACAGGCCCGGGACUGUUGCGCUUCGAGAAAUCCGUCGUUACCAGAAAUCCACCGAGCUUCUGAUCCGGAAACUGCCUUUCCAGAGGUUGGUGAGGGAGAUCGCCCAGGAUUUCAAGACCGACUUGAGGUUCCAGAGUGCCGCCAUCGGCGCGCUGCAGGAGGCAAGCGAAGCGUACCUGGUGGGUUUGUUUGAAGAUACUAAUCUGUGUGCCAUCCACGCUAAGAGAGUCACCAUCAUGCCCAAAGACAUCCAGUUGGCUCGCCGGAUACGGGGAGAGAGAGCUUAAGUGAAGGCAGUUUUUAUGGUGUUUUGUAGUAAAUUCUGUAAAAUACUUCGGUUUAAUUUGUGACUUUUUUUGUAAGAAAUUGUUUAUAAUAUGUUGCAUUUGUACUUAAGUCAUUCCAUCUUUCACUCAGGAUGACUGCGAAAAGUGACUGUUCACAGACCUCAGUGAUGUGAGCACUGUUGCUCAGGAGUGACAAGUUGCUAAUAUGCAGAAGGGAUGGGUGAUAUUUCUUGCUUCUCAUGAUGCAUGUUUCUGUAUGUUAAUGACUUGUUGGGUAGCUAUUAAGGUACUAGAAUUGAUAAAUGUGUACAGGGUCCUUUUGCAAUAAAACUGGUUAUGACUUGAUCCAAGUGUUUAACAAUUGGGGCUGUUAAGUCUAACCAUACAUCACUGUGAUAGAAUGUGGGCUUUUUCAAGGGUGAAGAUACAAGUCUUAACCACAGUGUAACUUACAGUUUCCUUAAAAAAAAAAAAAAAGUAAACCUGGCAGCUAUAGAAUACACUAUGUGCAUUUAUAAUAGCUAUUUUAUAUAUUGUAGUGUCAACAUUUUUAAAUUAAAUGUUUUACAUUGACAUGUGGUGGGGAGUGUUGUCUUUAAGGUGUGUAAUUUAGAGUUCGAUUGGUUUUCCCCUGAGUAGACUGCACUUGUUUACGUAGUAAAAUGCUUUUCGCGUUAUACCUUGCAUAAGUCCUCAUUCUACCACAUGUUAAACUAAUCUAGCUGAUAAUGCAAACACUAACGGGGAGGGGGAUUUAUUUAUAAGGGCUCUAGACUAUAAUACAAGUUACUCACACCAGCAUCAUCUGUUACUAAAUAUAGUAGUUAGUGCAGCUUUUCUUUGUGUUGUGAUUGGUCUCAUAACUAGGUUGAACUUUUCUCUACCAAGGAGGAACAAUACCGAACUUUUUUUCCUUGUGGGGUUUGUAUUAUAAUAACUGUUAGGGUAAACUUGCUGUUGGGGAGGGACACAGCUUCAGCUUAUUGAACCUCUGCCAGUUUAAAUGGUGUUCAUGUGGCAUAGGUUCUGGGAAAAUCACUUCAUAGAGAUGGCUUUCCAAGUGGUUUUAAAAUUUAUCCUUCUAUUGAAGUUUUUAGGUCAAUUAUGUAUGUUGACUAAAUUUACAAAUAAAACUUGUUUAUUCAACUAAGUGUCAAAAACCUAAAUUGAGUACAAAGCUUUUAAGUUUAGCUGAUUUCAAGUUUUACUUGAUAGCAAAAGCAGUAUUUAGAAGAAUAAUUCUACAAAGCAUGUAAACAGUCCUCUAGAAGCUUUUUAAAAAUGCUAUGACAACAUUUUUGCAGUGUGGGCCUGUGACUAAAAGGCGGCUUCCCUGCCUACCCGUAUCUGUCGAGGAAAGGAAAUUUAAUUCUAGAACUCAAAUUUGGGGUUUGUUCCUGAACCUAUUUGUGAAGAACGUUUAUAGAUUUUUUAUUUUUUAAUUGAAGGAUAAGUGCUUUACAGGAUUUUGUUUUUUAACAUCAAUAUGAAUCAGCCGUAGCUGUAGGUGUAUAUAUGUCCCCUCCCAGUAUAGACUUUUUUAUACAGUGAGUUACAACAAGUGCCCACAGGUGUAGAACUCGGUUUAAGUCUAAGCUGCCUUUUCAGUGUGAAACUAGUGUUCCUAACCAGUGAUGGCCACCAGUGAAAUGUUAAUAUGGGCACAAGAACCACAGGAGUCAGACAGACGCAUUCUGUAUAAUUUGAAGUCAGUGGCUAUAGAAAGAUACUUAUACUCUGAUACAGUUCAGUGGGAUUUAAAUUUGGACUAGUUUCAGAUAUUAAGGGUUAAGAGGUUCCCUUGGAGUUAGAUUAGGAUUGAGAAUUUGAUAGUUUUUAUGAGGUGCCAAAAGCGGAAUCUGAUAGAGUAUAAACGUUUCCUAGAAGGUCCGUCAUAACCAGUUCUGACAGUUGAUUCAUUGUGUUCCUGAAGAAUGUUGAAAUCCUAGCCAGUGGAAUGUGUGGUGGUGGGAACCCUGUCCAGUGGUGGUGAGGCUCGUUGAGAACCACUCAAGUGGUUGACGCUUUUGCCCUUGCCUGAAGUGUGCAUCCUGAGGUUGAAUUUUAUUGGGCAGCUUGGAAUCUGCUGCUUAAAUAGUAGAGCUUGCGCUUGCAGAGUUUAUUUUUAACCCAGAAGGCGAAAAGUACUUUCUGGUUUUGGGAAACUUCCCAUAUGUUUUAUCCCUGGGUUUAGGUAGUGCGAAAAAAGCAAACAAAAAUAAAAGUUUUUAAAGUUCA